AUGCCGUUAUUCAAGACGCUACGUCGACGCUCGAAGGCUAGCUUCACUACCACUAAGUCGCCGGAGACUAAGUCGACCGAAUCCCAGUCUAAUGGCGAUGUAACUCCGGGGCAAUCGUCAUCAACGCUUGAAACAGCUUCAUCCAGCUCCCUCACGCCUCCUUCCUCGAUCAAGCCUACCUUGUCAUCUCCCAACCUUCCGUCGCUGAGUGAGAGCAGCAGCACACCCAGCGCAAUCUCACCCCUUGCCGUGCCGCCACAACGACCGGGCCCCCUCACUACUUCUUCUUCUCAGCGGAACAGCGCCUAUUUUGGUAGUACUAUGUCUGUGAAUGGAGUAGGACGGUCGCCCACGCCUUCUUCCCCUUACGCACCCCGCAUCAUAUCUGUCUCGGAAAACUCUUGGGUGCACCACAAGGUACUGCUUGUUUACGGUCAGGUUGGAGAUCCGCGACAACAUCCGCUGGACGGAACUGUCACAGUCUACCAUCACCAAGAUAGCUUCCCGUCGACCUCAUGGCCUGUCACUUCUUCACACUUCAAGACUUUGGUGCAUCUAGUACCCGGUCCCAAUCGACUGCGCUUCGAAUUUGUGUCGAGCAAGCAUUCGUCCGGUAGCUCGCACCAAUCGGUUCAUUCAUCCUGGAUUUGCAUCAACUAUCUCCCACUGGUCAAUGCUCCACCUUUGCAGUUGGUGAUACUGCUCGGAAAGGAUUCUGAUGGUACCUUCGACACCCCGCCAGAGAAACAACAACGGGAUGGAAAUGGCCUCGAAACCGCUAUCCAAAAGUAUCGGAUGGCAGCAUACCUGUGGCAAGCAUUCACCGGGGAACAAAUGUACCGCAACAAUCUUGGACGGCGCUGUUUCCGGCUUGAGGAUGAGUGGCAAUUGGGUACGUCAAGUCGUCGCGAUACAACUACUGGCCAAAUGCGAAACGAGGCCAAAAUCCACGUUGUUCGGACCGACAAGACAGUCGCGGAACUUCGGGACCUCGACAUUGCGCAGCAGCACGGCUCUGCUACUCAGAAGGAUGAGCUAUUCCGGAUCGCGAGAGAUGCCGUGAAGGACUACUUUCACCUUCAGCCAGGUCAGAAGCAGUAUGUCUCCGUGUUGCUUCUCGACUCACACUGGGACACGGGCUCUCAAGUGAUCACUGGUCAUGCGGCCCUGGGCUCCGACUCCGGGGAUCUCAAGCUAGCGAUCUUCGGCUCCCAUAGCCUCCACAGCUACCCGUCUAAUAUGGAAGAAGUCGUGGAUGCCUUCACUGAUUGCACUAGAACAAACACCGACUUUGUAGCUAAUGAUUGCGGAGAGGCUGGAUCCAGCUGGGAAGCUGCCAACAUUGGUAUUGGAGCGCACCUUCAUGAGGUCGGUCACCUCUUCGGGUGUCCACACCAAGAGUCGGGCAUCAUGCUUAGGGACUAUGUCCGCCUCAACCGGUCUUUCCUCACACGCGAGCCCUUUUCCACCCGAACGAAGACUCAGGGUCUUAAAUUGUGCUUACCACAGGAUGAAUGUGGCUGGCAUCGACUUGACGUUCUGCGGUUCCGGUUCCAUCCCUGUUUCCGAUUGCCCAGCGAUGCUCCUAUAGGUUCCGAUGACAGCAUUCAGGUCUGGCCCGUCGAGAACGGCAAAAUUGUUCUCACGGCUCCAUCGGGAAUCGCGUUCAUCGAACUCUAUGCCGAAGGUGACACCGUUUGCCAUAACUUUAUUGAGUAUAUGAAUAGUGAGUCGAGUAGCAACGGGCUUCCAAGGCAGAUCACCGUGACGGAGACUGAACUGCGUCAACGCGUCUUCGGCAAUGAUAAGGAGAAGAAGAAGAGCGUCAAAAUGAUCAUCUACUCUGGAGCUCUUGGCAGUCAUACGGUGGAGUCGAUCAGUACUCUGAAAUCGAAAUUGUCCCUGGUGAAACUACCUAAGAGCCAUACCGGCUACAAGGGUAGACAACUAGGACUUUCUCAGCUGGAAGGCAGCCAACCCGAGCAGCUGUUGUUGGAUUGUGCCUUCAUCUCGACCAAGCUUUUGACAUCGGUCCGGAUCUACCACGGUGCCGCAGUCAAUGGACUUGAAUUCUUCUAUGAAGAUGCAACGAGUCAGCUCUUUGGCAACAGAGAAGGGAAACCUGGCGGUGAUGAUUUCGUGCUCGAUACUCGGAGAGGGGAGAUUUUGCUCGGUUUCUAUAUUCGGGCCGGCCACUGGAUUGACGCUAUUGAGAUCUUGACCAGUCAAGGGAGGAAAUCUGGCAUGUUCGGGAAUGCCCAGGGAGGCUCAGGACACACUUUAAUACCUCCUUUGGGAUACAAAAUCGCCGGAAUCACGGGAUCCAGCGGGUCCUGGAUUGAUGGAUUCUCACUAGUCAUCAUGCACUGA